AUUAGAACAAGUCAGUGCUGCCCAGCCUGUAAUCGUAGAAGUCUUGAAACGUUUCGGAUGGUCGAUAACCCGUGCCCUCAUAGACGAAGAGCAAACCCUCGUUUAAUUAGACAUGCUAAUAAGUUUUUUUGUUCUUGUGACAGAUAUACAAACCAAAAUUGUAGAACCAUGACUAAUAACACAAAUAGGAUUGUUCCUCGUCUAUUGAAUCGUGAUAUGGCUGCCUGCUUGAACAUGGUUGAUAUUGUUCGUUCACUUCGUGCUGGGAACGGCAUUCCCCCAAGAUUUCGAUGUGGAGAGGUUCCGCAGGACCAACGAAGAAGAGCAAGGACCCAAAAUGACUAA